AUUCCGUAUGUUGCUACAAUUGUAAAUUAAAUUUAUAUAAUUGUUAUUAGUGAUGUGGAUAGGCUAUGUGAGGGUUAUUUGAUGUCCAGUUGCAUGUCCAGAUGUUAUGGCAGGAAGAUUUUAGUGCUGGAUGAUGUGGCAGUGGGAAGACUAGGUGAGGUGAGGGCUAUGGGAGGUCCUACACUAUCGUGGAUGCUCUGUUUUCACCUAAAUCACGGCGAAACACCGCCGAAAUCUCUCAUUUCGAAUUCUAUAUUUGGGCCUUUGCUGUAACUCUCUCUCUCUUCAGCACUUUCAGCUCUGGUAUUCUCUCUGUACUAAAUUUCAUAUACUAGAUCUCUGUAGAUUAUCAUACUAGGAGUAUGUGUUAAGGAAUAUCUCUUGCCUAUUGGUUUGUAGAAUAUCAUCUGAAAACCUACCUUAAACCCUAGCCUUCACUGAUUGUGAAAUGGCAAUGGAGUGGAACGCCGAAACCCUACAAUUCCUGUCCCAGUGUUUCAUCAACACUCUGUCGCCUCUCCCCGAGCCCCGUCGCCACGCGGAGGCAGCGUUGGCGGAGGCCGCCGAUCGGCCAAACUAUGGCCUCGCGGUUCUCCGCCUGGUCGCCGAGCCUGCUGUCGAUGAGCAGAUCCGCCAAUCUGCGGCUGUUAACUUUAAGAACCACCUCAAAGCUCGCUGGGCGCAGAAUCCCGACGACCCUGACCGGGUGGGUGUGCCUGACACAGAGAAGGAACAAAUUAAAGGUUUGAUAGUUAGGCUCAUGGUUACCGCGACGCCUAAAAUUCAAGCUCAGCUUAGUGAAGCUUUGACUGUCAUCGGGAACCAUGAUUUCCCUAAGCAAUGGCGGGCUUUGUUGCCUGAAUUAGUUGUGACAUUGGAUGAAUUGAGUCAGGCAAAUGAUUAUGUUUCAGUCAAUGGAAUUUUAGCUACGGUUGAUUCGUUGCUGAAGAAGUUUCGAUACGAGUAUCAGACAAAUGAUCUCUUACUCGAUCUCAAGUAUUGUCUUGAUAACUUUGCUCCGCCAUUGUUACAAGUGUUCCAGCGGACUGCACGGUAUCUAGACCAGGCUGUGGCUUCUGGAUCUGCAAAUGCUAUUGUUCUAAAGGGUUAUAUAGAGUCGCAGACCUUAUGUUGUUGGAUCUUUCAUUCUUUCAAUUAUAUGGAUUUGCCGGAGUUUUUUGAGGAUCAUAUGGAUGAAUGGAUGGUUGAGUUCAAUAAAUACUUGACGGUGAAGUAUUCUGCUUUGGAAGAUAGUGGAAGUGACGGGCUUGCAGUAGUUGAUGACUUGAGGGCUGUGGUUUGUGAGAAUAUUAGCCUCUACAUGAAGAGAGAUGAGGAGCCAUUUCAAAGGUAUUUGAGUGGGUUUGUGGAGGCUGUGUGGGGACUCUUAGUGGCUGCCUCUAAUUCGUCUAGUCGGGAGAGUCUCACUGUGACUGCUAUUAAGUUUUUGACGACAGUUAGUACAAGUGUUCAUCAUACUUUGUUUGCAAGGGAUGAUAUUUUGCAGCAGAUAUGUCAGAGUGUAGUGAUUCCUAAUGUGAUGCUAAGGGAUGAGGACGAGGAGCUUUUUGAGAUGAAUUACAUUGAGUUCAUUAGAAGAGAUAUGGAAGGCAGUGAUUUAGAAACCAGGAGGAGGAUUGCUUGUGAACUCCUUAAGGGAAUUGCUUUGAACUAUAAGGAGAGGGUGGCUGAAAAGGUUUCUGCUCAGAUACAGGGUCUUCUAGCCUCAUUUUCACAGAAUCCGGCAGCUAAUUGGAAGCACAAAGAUUGUGCUAUCUACUUGGUUGUUUCUCUUGCCACAAAGAAAGCUAGUGGCACCUCGGUUUCCACUGACCUAGUUGAUGUUGAGAGCUUCUUUGGGUCUGUUAUUGUGCCAGAGCUGCGAAAUCAAGAUGUUGAUGGAUUUCCUAUGUUGAAAGCUGGUGCUUUGAAAUUCUUCACAAUGUUCAGGAACCAGAUCCCAAAAGCUGUUGCAGUCUCACUGCUUCCAGAUGUUGUCCGCUUCCUGGUCUCUGAGUCAAACGUGGUUCAUUCAUAUGCUGCUAGCUGCAUUGAGAAACUCCUUCUAGUUAAGGAUGAAGGUGGGAGGGCUAGAUAUUCAGCUGAAGAUAUUAGCCCAUUUCUGCUGGCAUUAAUGACCAAUCUUUUUGGUGCCUUACAAAAGGCAGAAUCGGAGGAGAACCAUUAUGUGAUGAGGUGCAUUGUGAGGGUUCUUGGAGUUGCUAAUAUUUCACAUGAGGUUGCAUUACCUUGCACCAAUGGUCUGGCUACUGUUCUAAAAAAAAUAAAA